AUGGAACAGGGAGCACUCAAGCUGCCACUGGGGCUUCUGCCUCUGGGGAGCCUGGACACCAAUUUAGUAAAGGCUGGAGAUGAGGAAGUGGCCAGGAAAGGAAGUGGAGCUGAAAGUAGGCUUGCAGACUCCAGGAAGACCAUGAUGCUUGCAGGCUCCUGAGACAAUGUAGUUUUGUGGUCAAAGAAAAUCAAAAUUACUGUUUCAAAAGCAGAAAAAAUGUUGGGAAGAAAUGUUAUGAACAUACAAGAAGCUUUCCUUAAUGGGAUAAAAUCAGUUGAACGUUAUGUGAUGGUCAUUAUUCUUACAGAUUAUCUUUGGAGACUGUCGAGCACAUUUGAAUUAUUUAGAAACUGCAUCCUAGUUCACUAUCCACACAUUGCCGUCCCAGCUCUGCUUGACAAGAAGGCAGAAUUCAUUUGGAUAAACUCUGCAGAUGACACGGAUCGUGAGUUUGUGGAAAGAUGAAGAAUUGGUUUGGAAAACUUUCUUUUUAAAGUGACUUUACAUUUUCUCCUUUCUGAAGACAAAAUCUUCUCAUAGUUUUUAACUAGGAAUGAAACAGAGCUCCAGCUAAAGACAGACUCCAGGUUAAAAGCUCUUAAUGAAACAUUUAGAGUGAAAAACCCAGACAAAAUUACUAAGCUAAAACACUCUAGUGAUGAACUACAGCCUGUCAUUCCACAUCUUCUUUGAAUAAGAGCCAGAGUGGCAGACUGACUCUAUGAGUCGAUUACUCAUGGAAAUUAUGGAAGAGUUUUCGGUGAGUGGAGUGCCAUAGAAAAAGAAAUGGGAGAUGGACUACAGAGUGCAGGACAUCAUAUGGAUGUAUGUGCAACUCCUAUUUGUGAUAUUUCAGACCAGGAAAAACAUUAUGCAGAUCAACUAAAGAAAGAUCUUUUCUAUUUGAGUGGUUUGAGGAAACAUGAACUAAUGCAGCAUGACUUGAAAAUGGCUGCUCAGGAUCUGAACAAAACAAAAACAAUAAACCAAAAGGAACAGUGUGAAGAACUCGCCACAGGAACUGCGAGAACACUCUCCCUAUAAGGAAUGACUACUGAACCGUCUGGUCAAGAAAGCACAGAGCAAAGAGAAGCCAGAAUAAAGGUGCUAGAGGAACAAAUAAAUGAAGGAGAACAGCAAGUUACAAAUCUGGAAGGCGGAGAAUUUGUGAAAGCUGCUCGGGCAGAUGUCCAAUGUUUCAAAGAGCAAAAGCACCACGAUUUAAAGAAGGCUCUCAUAAGCUACGUCCCUAUGCUUCCCAGUAUGUGCAAAAAGGGAAUUCAAGGGUGGACCAAUGUUAAAGAAUACUUCGGCAAUAUGUAA